UGUCAUUAUAUGUGAACACAUUCAUCGGUAUACGAACGGUCAACCUGACUGCACGAGUACCGUAAUUAAAAAGACAAUUGAGAUCAGAUACACUACCCACGUUCGCACUGCUAAAGCAUGUCUACAACGCUAUCGAACCAGGCUCAAAUGCAGUAUGUCAUUCAGUGGUUUCAAGAAUGGUCAGAAAUGCAACGUGGUGAUUUCUUAGAUAUAGUAAUGGAUCAUUGGAGCAAUCAUUUGGGAUUAGUUGAUGGUCUAACCCCAGGAAUCGAACGUUUAACCUGUAAGGAUGAGUCUAUCAGAUCACACCGAAGUUUAUUUCAAUGUCGUGUUAAACUUUUUCGGGAAUGGAGCGAGAAUUGGACACAACAAGAGAAGGACACGUUGUUGUCUACAAUUAAGGCUGAAGACCCCAAGUUUGCUGAGAAGUACGAACAAAGGCUGUUAGAAAAGACUGCACCAGAGAAAGACUCUUCGUAGUUAUCGUUGAUUUUGGGACAUUAAAUGUGUAUUUUGUAAAAUAAUGGGUAAAAGUGAUUUUAUGACAUAUUUAUGUUAAAAAAGAUUUCCUUGGCAGCUAAUUAUACAUUAAAAUAAUGAAGUCAGAAAAGCAGUAUAAAGGAAAAAGCUAACUGAAAACCAAUUUAUACCAGUCUCGCAAAUGAUAGGUCUGAAAAGCCAGUGAAUUACAACGAAUAUUAAUAUCAAUAGUUCUAAACGGAAAUAGAGUCAUUAUGUUAAUAACUAUGUUCCUAUCGCUACAUACGUUCCACAUGAAACAUUCCGAGAUUCUAGUUUUUCAAGUGUGUGUAAACUAAGAUUGCAAAUUUGCACCAAUAUAAUGUUUGAAUGUUUCAUUCCAAUGCAGAAUAUUGUUUGUGAAAAUUAAACUAAAGUACCCUCUGUAAAGGGAAAAUAUAUACGUAACAUCCUAUAAGAUGUACUGUUUUUUUACCGUUAUUUAUACCUUGAAUUAAGUCGAAAAUUGUAUGUGUAUUUAUGUGAAAAUAUACUGACUUGCCAUACAUUCAUUGGAUCAGUACGGCAAAUGAUUCAAUGUUA